AUGUACGAUACAUUGCUUAAACCCAGUAUAUUAAAAGUAAAACUUAACAAUCUAAAUACUAAAGAAGCCAUCGAGUUCCUGCCCCCCAAAAUUGGAGAGUGGAUUCGUAACAAUUCCGUUCGUGAACAAUUGAACUUGCGCAACGAUGUAAAGGACAAUGCAAAAGCGGUUCAGCUACGAUCCGAAGGAAAAAAAAUGUUUCACCCGAACGUGAAACGCUACUUCGAGGCCAUCAAGCUGUACAAUGAGAGCAUCGCCUUUUCCGAAAAAGGAUCGACAGAAAGGGCAUUGGCCUAUGUAAAUCGCUCAAACAUUUGUCUGAAGAUGCAACGCUUUGAAGACUGUUUGGAGAACAUUCGGCUUGCUCGUGAGUCAAACUAUCCUGGAGAAAAGUUGAAUCAACGCGAAAAAGAGGCCAAAAAUGCUUUGGCGAAGGCUCGGAACAAGAAUGCUUCUUCGAGCAAGGCUUCUCCGGAUGUGGUGGAAGAGCCCGAGCUAAGCUAUCCGGCCAAAGAGAAUGCGCCGCAAGUUGCCAACUGUCUGGAACUGCGCAAAAACGAAGAAUAUGGACGGCAUGUGGUGACCACUCGUAAGCAGAAGGUGGGCGAUGUCAUGAUGAUCGAAAGGCCGUUCGUUACCGUACUGAAGGAUUCGUUCCGAUAUGUUCGAUGUGAUUUCUGCCAUCGCGAACGACUAUUUACAUUGAUUCCAUGCGAAGGAUGUACAAUGGCCAUGUACUGUUCGGAGGAAUGUCUGAGUAAAGCGUACAACAAGUAUCAUCGAUAUGAGUGCGGGCUUUUACGAGACUUGUGGGAAGUUUUCGAAGAAGUUCCCUUGAUUGCUAUUCGCAUGAUUGCCAUUGCGAUCACAACCUUUGAUAACAAUCCAGAGGCAUUGAAGGAUCAUCUCGAUGUACUGGAUGAAUCCAAUGUUAACGGGUUUACGAUGGAUUGGAAUAAAGCAACGCAACAGGACAUUUUCAACACGGUGCAUGUGUUAACCACUAAUCAAGAACAGCGACACAGCAUGUUUGUUGCAUUCUACAUCUUCAAUGCUACCAUCCUUCUUCUUCAUUAGCACAACAACCGUUGUCGGU